AUGUCCCAUCACGAUCACGAUCACGAUCAUGGCCAUAGUCAUGGCCACGAUGACCACCACGACCACGACCAUUCCUCCGACAUUACCCCCGCACUUCAAUCGAAUCUCUACCAGCAAAUCGACUUCGAUGGUAUCAUCACCCUCAACGAGACAGAGUCCAAAUCUGGCGCGGCCAUCGUGAAAAAGACAUGGGCGCAACGGUUAGAUGAGAAACCGGAGCUGGAGAGCGAUGUCGAUGAGCAAUUGCUCAUGUAUAUCCCCUUCACCGGCCAAACAAAACUCCACUCCCUCAUCCUCUACUCGGCCCCAACCCCCUCCGCCCCCAAAACCAUAAAACUCUUCCGCAACAGACCAGAUCUCGACUUCUCCACCGCCGCAGAUCUAAUCCCAGCCCAAACCCUCUCUGUCCCCCAAACACUCACCGGUCCAACCUCAGACGUGAUCGAGAUCCCUCUCAACAGAGCGCAGUUCAACACCACGACGUCCAUCACGCUGUUCUUCGAGGACAACUGGAGCGAUGGCGAGGAGGAGGUGACGCGCGUUUCGUACAUUGGGUUUAAGGGGCAGCAUAUGGCACUGAAUAGGGAGCCCGUGACGUUUUUGUAUGAGGCUGCGGCGAAUCCGAGGGAUCAUGUUGCUAUUCAGGGCGUGCAGGGCGUGGGAAGGACGAUUGGGCCUGGGAGAUAA